CAACUCAUGGGAUUGAUUAACUUUGCCCUGUGCUGGCUUGUGGCUGCUCAGAGUCAGUGAGAGCUGCUCUCACCAGUCCGACAGCGGUGCCUGCAGAGAUGGGGGCCAAGCUGCUGUGCCUCUGCCUGCUCACAGCCCUGCUCGCCUACUACAUCUACUCCCCCAUGCCCGAGGGGCUGGCCGAGCCCUGGACACUGAUGCUCGUCUUGACCCCCUUCAAGGUUGUGGGACAACUGGCUACAGCUGUUGAGGUGCUGGGGCUGAUGAACUACAUGGAGGCCAUGAGGCUGAUCACAGUUACCGAGAUAGUCGCAGCCACAUCCGAUGAAAACGUCACUGUGACAAGCACCGAGUUCAACAACGUCCCCGUGCGCCUGUACCUGCCCAGGAGGGCACCUGACGGGCUGAGGAGGGCCAUGAUCUACUUCCACGGCGGGGGGUGGUGCGUGGGGGACGCAGGCAUGAAAUCCUACGAUCACAUGUCACGGCGGAUUUCAAACGAGCUGAAUGCCGUCGUGGUGUCAGUCAACUACAGGUUGGCCCCUGAACACCCUUUCCCGGUGCCGUUUGAAGAUGUGUACUCGGUGACGAAGUUCUUCCUGCAGAGCAGUGUCCUGUCCCAGUACGGGGUGGACCCCACUCGGGUCUGUGUCGCAGGGGACAGCGCAGGGGGCAACCUGGCUGCGGCUGUGGCACAACAGCUGUUGGAGGACGCUGAAGUCAAAACCAAGCUCAAGGCCCAAAUUCUGCUCUACCCUGCUCUGCAGGCCCUGGACCUGGACCUGCCGUCCUACCGGGACAGUGAAAACAAGCCCCUCUUGCCCAGGUCGCUCAUGGUCAGGUUCUGGAGCGAGUACUUCACGUCAGACCCCUCUCUCAGGGAGGCCAUGGCCUCCAACAGGCACGUCCCCGCCGAGUCGGGCCACCUGUUCCAGUUUGUGAACUGGAGCCAGCUGCUGCCCGCGGGGAUGAGGCAGGGGCUGGCCUACACGGGCCCCACGUACGGGCCCGCGGGGCUGGCGCGCCGGUACCCCGGGUUCCUGGACCCGCGGGCGUCCCCGCUGCUGGCCAGCGACGCCCGGCUGCGCCGCCUGCCCCACACCUACAUCCUGACCUGCGAGCACGACGUGCUGCGGGACGACGGCGUGAUGUACGCGCAGCGGCUCCGCGCCGCCGGCGUCACCGUCACCCACCACCACGCGCAGGACGCCUUCCACGGGGUGCUCAUGUUCACCCUGUGGCCGUUCGAGCUGGCCCUGGGGCACCGGCUGUUGAACAACUACGUGCAGUGGGUAAAGGAGAACCUCUGACCGCCUCUCGUCUGCCGGCGGGGACUGAGGGCGCAGGAGCCGCGCCGGUUCUCGGCCGUGACUGCGACGGCCAAGAUGCUCUGCAGUGUUGGGACUGGAGCUUUUCUCAUCUUCUCUGGCAGGAAAUCAAUCUGAUUCUAAUCUGAGCAUUCUUCCAGUGCUGUCUGAGCCUCAAACCCCCAGACUGCUGGGACUGGCCUGGGUUUUCCCUCCUGGCCCUGCCGCUUCUGGGACUUGGUGUCUUGUCUCUGUUGCUGCUUCUUUCUCCCUAUCACAACAUCUUCACACCACGGGCAUGUGCCAGUGGGCCAGGUCACUGUGGGCACACAGGAGGCACCUGGUGGCUGCUUUCUCCCUGUCCCUCGUGGCUCCUGUUUCCCGUGGGAUGUGCCAGCAAGGCCCUGCUGCUGCCGGGGGUGAUGGGAUGAAUGGGGGCACCAGGACCAGGUGCCAGGCAGCUGGUGGGACCCACCCAUCGCAGGCAGUGGCUGGGCUGGGGCUGCUGCCCCUACCGAGCAAGGCUCAAGGGAAGCACUUGGAAACCCAGCGGGAUGGCUGAAAAAUUGUGCAAGUGAUUCAGGGUUUUGGGGGGGUUGUUAAAAUUUUUUUUAAAAAGCACCUGUCUUACUCAUACUCACUUCCUUUAAUCCUUGAACUAGCAGGAAAUACUGCAACAAACCAGCACUGGAUUUCCAUUGGGAAAAGGGAAGCCCUGAAGGUCCCAGCCUUACAAUAGCACUGCUGCAUGGUCCGUGCUCUACUUAUCUGAUAAGUCAUGUACUGUGUGUUCUAAUUGUCCUUAAAAUUGUUCAGUAGUUUUUACAUAUGAUUUUUUAAAAGUAAAAUUAGCUUAGUAGCUUUUUAGGUUUGAAAAAGAGUUCAGCUUUCUGUGUGGAACAAAUAACCUCUGUGUAAAUGUUUUGUGUGCUAAAUAUAAACCCUAAAAUUUUGAAGCAUGAAUACAGGGGUUGGCUGUUGGUUUAAGCUAAUCAAACCAUGGCCAUGUACUUCAUGUAUCCUGCUUUUCUUUUGCAUAAAAGAUACUGAAUCUUCAAUAAUUCUGGGUUAUUUUUCCUGAGUGUGUGCAGCCUGUUCAGAUGGAAUGUGCUUGGGAUGACUGCUGUGCUUUUUGUCUUUUUUAGGCUGAAUAUAAAAAUUAAACUAGUCUUUGGUUACAA